GUACAACAGCUCACAGAAACCAUCGCCAUCGCUAGCACUAUCGAGAAUCCAUAUUUUUUCGUUGCCUUCCAACCCAACAAGCUCUCUCGUCACCAAUCCUUCCGACGAUGCCGGGAGAGGUACAGGUCAAGAAAGCCUCGGAAAUCAAUGCUCCAACCGGGGCCCAAACCGAGGGCAUGAUUCGAAUGAAUGCCAUCACGGACAUGUCUGAUCAGAUUUGCGGUACUGUCAUGAUCGCAAAACCCCACACAGCCUCAGCCAUACACCAUCACGGCGAAGAAGACACUAUCGUGUAUGCUGCCAAAGGCCACGGAACCAUUGUCAGCGGUCUCAACGGUUCUAAGAGACAAGACCUCGGUCCUGGAGACUUUGCACUUAUACCGGCAUACGCUGAACACCAAGAAGUGAAUGAUAGCGAUGAAGAUAUCGUGUGGAUCAUCACACGUGGUGGUCGCAACCCUAUUGUCGAAAACCUAAAGGGGUGGGGAGAGAGCUAGGCUUUGGACGAUAGGGACCAGCAAGAACAAUACCGACAUGAGCCAGGAGAGCUGGUUGUGCACGUACCGAGCUCGGAACGAAAAAAGCCGGGAUUUCUACUAUUGCAAGCUCUAGCCUCGUAAAUUGAAUCCUAAGGUCCUGGACAAACUCACGCGCUACGACAUACUUACAUGGCACAUGUUUGACCGAA